AUGGAAUCACAAGGUCGUGGGGCAUCCUCUUUGGAUGUCAUUGAUGGUGGGGUUGUUGAAGUUGUGCAAGAAUAUCAUGUUGAAACCCCUAAAGUGCAUGAGCAUGGGCCUCGAGUUGCUAUUUUUGGUGAUAGCAUUCUGGUUACCAAAUCUGGUGACUCCUCUGAUAAGGCCAUGCCUACUUCAUCACCUAUUGAUGCUAGGGUUUUGCCGCUCGCUGGUUCUGGUGCAACUAUGUCUAUCAGGCCUACUAAUGGGUUGUUGAGGGCUAAUCUUCAGAGACAAGGCCUAUCAAUCCCUGAGUGGACUCUGUCUGAUAAGGGGUGGAUUAAGAUCAAUUUUGAUGGUGCAUCGAGGGGCAAUCCAGGGCCUUCGGGUGUUGGGGUGAUUGCCCGCGAUGUUCGGGGAAACACUCUAGCCAUUGGUGCUAAGAGAUUGGUGGAUGGAACGAACAACGUGGCUAAGUGUCAAGCAGCGUUAGAAGCAAUCCUAAUGGCUGGGAAAUUGGGGGUCAAGAAACUUCAUUUGGAAGGUGACUCUCAGGUUGUGGUGAAUGGGAUAGCUUGA